GCCCCCGGCCCGCCUUCCUCCCGCCUCGCCGUCCGCCUCGGUCGGCGCCUCGCUCGCGUCCCCGCGUCCUCCCCGCCGCGCCCGGAGGCGGCGGCCGUCCGCAGCGCCAGCCGGAGUGAGGAAGUUUACUGGAGUAAAAUGGAGGCUUCAGUAAUACUACCCAUUCUGAAGAAAAAACUUGCGUUCCUUUCAGGAGGAAAGGACAGACGAAGUGGCCUCAUUCUGACAAUUCCAUUAUGCCUGGAACAGACAAAUAUGGAUGAGCUCAGUGUCACCUUAGACUACCUACUCAGCAUUCCAAGUGAAAAGUGUAAGGCUAGAGGAUUUACCGUGAUUGUGGAUGGCAGAAAAUCACAGUGGAAUGUGGUGAAAACAGUAGUCUUAAUGCUACAGAAUGUUGUUCCAGCUGAGGUGUCCCUUGUCUGUGUAGUGAAGCCUGAUGAAUUCUGGGAUAAGAAAGUAACACAUUUUUGUUUUUGGAAAGAAAAGGAUAGACUUGGCUUUGAGGUUAUUUUAGUGUCUGCCAAUAAAUUGACUCGUUAUAUAGAACCAUGCCAGUUGACAGAAGAUUUUGGUGGGAGUCUGACCUAUGAUCACAUGGACUGGUUAAAUAAGAGACUGGUUUUUGAGAAGUUUACAAAGGAAUCUACAUCAUUAUUAGAUGAACUUGCUUUGAUUAACAAUGGAAGUGAUAAAGGAAAUCAGCAAGAGAAAGAAAGAUCUGUGGAUUUAAACUUUCUUCCAUCAGUUGAUCCUGAAACAGUUCUUCAGACAGGGCAUGAAUUGUUGUCCGAAUUACAGCAGCGUCGAUUUAAUGGCUCAGAUGGAGGGGUCUCAUGGUCUCCUAUGGAUGAUGAACUGCUGGCCCAGCCCCAGGUUAUGAAAUUAUUAGAUUCACUGAGAGAACAGUAUACUCGCUACCAGGAAGUUUGUAGGCAACGUAGCAAGCGUACACAGUUAGAGGAGAUUCAGCAGAAGGUGAUGCAGGUUGUGAACUGGCUUGAGGGGCCUGGAUCAGAACAACUUCGAGCCCAGUGGGGGAUUGGAGACUCCAUCCGGGCCUCCCAGGCCCUACAGCAGAAACACGAAGAAAUUGAGAGCCAGCACAGUGAAUGGUUUGCAGUAUAUGUGGAACUUAAUCAGCAAAUUGCAGCACUCCUAAAUGCUGGGGAUGAGGAAGACCUUGUGGAACUGAAGUCAUUGCAGCAACAACUUAGUGAUGUUUGCUAUCGACAGGCCAGUCAGCUGGAAUUUAGACAAAAUCUCUUGCAAGCUGCUCUUGAAUUUCACGGUGUUGCCCAAGAUUUGUCUCAGCAGUUGGAUGGCUUAUUAGGGAUGUUGUGCGUAGAUGUAGCACCAGCUGAUGGAGCAUCGAUUCAGCAGACUUUAAAACUGCUUGAAGAGAAGCUGAAAAGUGUUGAUGUAGGAUUACAAGGUUUACGUGAAAAAGGUCAAGGACUUCUGGAUCAGAUCUCCAAUCAGGCAUCCUGGGCCUACGGAAAGGAUGUAACCAUUGAAAAUAAAGAAAAUGUGGACCACAUACAAGGAGUGAUGGAAGAUAUGCAGCUUAGGAAACAAAGAUGUGAAGACAUGGUAGAUGUGCGAAGGUUAAAGAUGCUUCAGAUGGUGCAGUUGUUUAAAUGUGAAGAAGAUGCUGCCCAGGCAGUAGAAUGGCUAAGUGAACUUCUGGAUGCCCUGCUUAAGACCCACAUCAGAUUGGGUGAUGAUGCUCAGGAAACGAAAGUUUUACUGGAAAAGCAUAGAAAAUUUGUUGAUGUUGCACAGAGCACUUACGACUAUGGAAGACAGUUGCUACAGGCCACAGUUGUGUUGUGUCAGUCUCUGCGCUGCACAUCUCGAUCAUCUGGAGACACACUUCCUCGACUGAACAGAGUAUGGAAACAAUUUACAAUAGCAUCUGAAGAGAGAGUGCAUAGGCUGGAAAUGGCUAUUGCAUUUCACUCAAAUGCCGAAAAGAUUUUGCAAGACUGUCCAGAAGAGCCUGAAGCUAUUAACGAUGAGGAGCAAUUUGAUGAAAUUGAAGCAGUUGGGAAAUCACUUUUGGAUAGAUUAACUGUUCCUGUAGUUUAUCCUGAUGGAACUGAGCAGUAUUUUGGGAGUCCAAGUGACAUGGCUUCCACUGCAGAACACAUCAGAGACAGGAUGAAACUGGUUAGUCUCAAAAGACAGCAGCUGAGACAUCCUGAAAUGAUGACCACAGAGAGCUAAUAGCUACCAGCUUCCCACAAAUCUGCAGUUCAUAAUCCCGCAUGUUGUUGGCAUACUACAGCAUUAGCCGCAAUACAUUGAUACAUUUCACAGCCAGGAUAAGCCUCAUUUUUUUCCAUUUUACAUUUCUCUCUACAUGUUAACACCUUACAACUACCAAGGCAUCAUUAUUUUACUUGCUUUGAGACCAUAGACUCCAAGUAUCUUAAAAGAAAGAACUGUAAACAUUGCACUGAAAACUUGCUUUAAAGCUUUACCUGACCUGUCAAUUUGUAGAUGAACAACUGAUAAUAAGCUUUGAAUGGUGCUAAUAAGAGUUUAGGAAUUCUCUAUAUAAAAAAUGGUUGACCUUCCUCCCCAGGUGAUGUAGUAAAUUUAGACUAUAGUUAAAUUGUUAUUAGUAGACAGUGGCGUACUCAAAAAUUUUACUUUGUAAUUCUUCUUCAAAAUUGAUUAUUUUUAUUGUGUCAGUAUGAAGAAAACCUUCAGAUCUUUGAUAUAUCAUAUUCAUUAAAAGACAUUUUCCUAUUUGUAUUGAUAAUGUAUUAAAAGUUGUUUGUGCUUAAUAAAAGGCUUCUUUUAAACAUCUUACUUAAUUUGGUGGUUAUAUCCUGUUUCCAAACAUGAGUGCCUUAUUUAAAAGGGCAUUCUUAGGAUUGUGAGGAUGAUUUAAUAUUUGUUUUUUCAUGUUGGUUGCAUGUGUUUUAGCCAGGAAAUCCAUAUGUAAGCAUGUGUAUAUAAUAAAUAAGCAUGUUUAAUUAUGAAAAAUAAUUGUGAAGAACAAUUUAGAUCUUAAAGAACUUAAAAAUAAUGGAAUACUAUUUCUAAUUGUUCCCUUCUUUAAGUUGAAAAAUGUUAUCUAAAUUAUUAACUACCCUGAAGAUACUUUGUCUUUGGGGAGGAGGGUUGGGGAAGAAGGCAUACAUAAUUACUUAAGUGUAAUCCUUUAUAUCAGAGGAAUCUUUCUGGAACAAAAACAGCAAUUGUUAAUAAAACUUAAUUUCUCAUGAUAGACUAGAAACAAAAUUCUGAAGUAGUCUAAUAAAAAUUGUACAACUCUUUUAGAAAUAAAAUUUAUAAAAUGUUAGUGCUUAUAAGUUUAUAUUAAGUUUAAAUGGUAAAAUACAUAUUUAAUUUUUGUGUUAAUUUUUAUUUCAGAAAGUGUUUUUGAAAAAGAUUAAAAAUAAUUUUUUAGUCUGUGAUCAAUACAAAAUUAUGCAAAGAAUUGUAUGCUGGUUCCUUUUCAUGUCCACAAAAAUGUUCAUGUAUCUUCCAAUGCAGAAAACCCCCUCUGAACCUGCUGGUUCUCCCAUCCUUCUUCACUGCCAGGCCUCCUGGAGAAAUUCAUGUCUGUUCCCCCUGCAUCCUCAUCUCUCACUGUUCAACACCUCGCAAUCUGUUUUUACAUAGCACUUCAGUGAAGCUGUUCUCAGUGGGCUCUCAGUUACUGAAUUGAAUGAAUGUUUCCUUUGAUCUGCAUUCCUUAUCCUUCUCUGUCUCUGCAACAUUUACACCAUUGAGCAACCUUUCCUCGUUGGUGUCUCGUCCCUUGAAGAUGUUAUCCUCAGCCAUAACUGAGUAGAGUCGCAACUCUAAGCAUACCUACUACAGCGCACGCUCAGAUUCUGUCUUCAGAAUGCUUCUGGAGGGAUCUCAUCCUUAGGGUUUCUAUUUUUAUCCCAAUGUUCUUUGUUCCAUAUCUGGUCCAAAAUUUUAGACCGUACUUUCAGCUACCUACUUGACAUUUCAGUCUAGAUGAAGUCAUCCUAUUUUUCACUUUUCUACUCUCUGAGCAAUUUUGGUUCAUUUUUUUCUAGUCAGACAUGCCAGAAAAUCUGGGGGCAAUAGCUGAUUGCUCCCUUUUUUCUUAUGCUGCCACUGCUUCUGAGAACAUUCAGGAAAAUUAUUUCUAUAUUUGAUAUCCUCUCAGUCUUUUAGGACUUAACUUUUGAGUAUAAACUUGUGAUUCUUCAUUUCAGUCCUCAUAAUGGUGCUAACCACAUGCUACAAUUGUUUAUUGAUGUCUGUGCCUGCUACACUAGAAUCUCUGUUGAGGGAAGGAAUCUUUUGGGACUCUCCUGUUCCCAGCCUUGUGCUCAUAUGUAAUAGCCGCUCAUAUGUAAUAGCCGCUCACUUUUCUGUGUGUGAAUGGUCUGUUGUAGACCUUAGUAAGAAUCCCCCCCCCCCCAUAUUAUAGAUUGAAGUGUGUUUUAAAUAUAUUUCCUAAAAUUUUGACUGACUUAUGAAUUAAUCUACUCAUAAAGAAGUCAUUUGGUAUUUUAGAUACUUAUAUAUUAAGUAAUUUAGAUAUUUAGUUACACUCAAUAUCUAUUCUACUGAAUUUCAGAGUAGUAAAAAUGUUUUUAUUAAGAUUUGCUAGAAGGGAACUGCACUAUAAGUAAUGGGAGUCUUAGUUUUAUCAUCAACUUGACUACUUAUUGUUCAGUGAGUUAAUUUUUAAUAUGCCUUAAGCUGUCCAGCCUACAGCAAGAGUAAAAUAAGGCAUCAUCUGAAAAUGUUAUUUGUAAUUUGAAUAUUUCAGAUGAACUGAAUACGCUUUGACAUAUUGUUGCUGUUCAUUUGUAAAUUUGCUGCUACUUUCUAUAUGUAUAUCUUAUGUAUACAUACUUUAUGAUUGAAAACCCAACAAUGCCCUAAUGUUUUCUUUCAUAGCAUAAUAGUUCACUUAGAGUACAUGUGAAGGAAAUGACUGCAGUCUGUUUGAAAUCACGAGUUCUGUAUACAUCAUGAAUUAAUGUUGGCCCACAAAUGAGAAAGAACCAUCAUCUCUAUAUGCCAUUAUUGGUAUAUGACACAACUUACCACAUUACUUUUGCUCAUCUCAGGGAAUUCUUGAAGUAUUAAUUGGGCUAGAUUUGUUUUUUGUUUUGCUGGGGGGAGGGGGUGUUUUCUCUUUUUACUGUAUAUGUGCUCCUCUCUAAACUCAGUAUAUAUAGUUUUGACACCUGUUCUUCACAUGUCUGGCUCUGCAGAGUUAAGAUGCAAAGAUGGUAACUUUUUUUCCAGAUAAAAUUGACUUCAUUCCAAGUCCUCAUUAUUGGUGACCUUAUUGCUAGGGUGACUCAUUGGUGAUGGUGAUGAAACUGCUCAGCCUGCCAGCCAGGAUGUUGAUGGCAGGUCUAGGCUUCAUUACUGUGUAGAAGACUGGAUCCCACUCUAACUUUAUAGGCAUUGAAAUCGGCCAGCACUCCUGAGUGUAACCUAGUGUGAAUGUGUUGUUCCAUUACCCUGUCAGUUGAAAUUGGGGUGUGUUGUUUAGUGUAUUGACUGUGGCACACCAUUUAGGGCGAACAUGAUUUUCUGAUAGGGCUGAGCAAACCAUAUUCUCUCAUGUAAACCUGUUGUAUAACCAACGGCAUGAUUGUGAGAUUAGCUGAACGUAGCUCUCUGUAUAGUCUACAGUUGGAAAAAGAACUCUUAAUUCUCUGCUACAUUGUAAGUUCCUUGCCAGAGACAUUGGCUGUUGCUCUGCACUUUUCCUAUCCUCACAGGGCCAUAGUAAAAUCCUGUGGUUCCUAAGAACUAAAAUAUGCUGUGGUUGCUAAAGUCCCCCACAUCUUGAGCUUAUUGAAAAUGGUGUGGGAAACCAACAUUAGUAAAUAUCAUCAGUAACAAGAGUUACAUGAUUGAGAUAACUGGUUAAACCUCCAAAGGAAAAAUCUCCUAGAAUUCAGAAGAUAGACUGCAACAUACCUGACUAGUUAACUUAAUUAGCAGACUUACCAGUGUUGACUUUAAGUUUUGAAACUAAAAAACUUCAGUGAGAAAUGGGAAAUAUGCUUCUGGGACGGAGGGCAAUAAAUAACCUUGAUGAGGAAAAAUUAAGUAUUGAUUUAACACUUGACAAUACGUGGCUUCGGUGUGUGCUCUAGAAAAGUCUAAGUUUAGCUAAGAAGCAUAAAUAAUGGCAAGCAUACAAAGGAUCAUAGAAGAGCCAAAGUAAGAACUGCAGUGAAUAUAACGGAAAGAGUUUGGAGUUUGAAUAUCAAAUUCUGACUUUGUCAUUUACUUGACCUUUGUAAAAAUUACCAAACUUCUCUGGGUCUGUAAAUACAAUCACAUUUUAAAAAUGUGUUGAAAACUACAAUGUUAUCCAAAGUGGAAGGAAUUAUUAUUAUAAUUUUCUUUUUAGAAUAGACAGUACAGCAUUCUUUUAAUGUUGCUUCUGUCUCAGAUGACGAGCAUGGGGUCAUGGGGGAAAUGGCACUGUCCUCACCUCUCUGAGCUCAAUUUCCCCUACAUUCAGAAUUACUAAGAGUGGAGUUGGUGAGCUCAUCAGUAAAUGACAAGACUUUUAAAUCUGACAGAUUAACUCUUUUAUGGCAGGAUGAUAGACCAGCGAGAUGGAAGACAAGUGAGGAAUAUCAUCUACUUUGAGGGUGACAGGACAUGACACAGUGCCAUUAAUAAGUAAGUAAAAGUCAUACUCAGAGUGGAUCUCAGAGAGCACCAGCCAGUGGAAACAAACGCACCAAGCUGUUAAAAGUAUCCUAAUAAUGAGGUAACAAGCGUGACUUGAGACCACUGUUAGUACUGUUACGGCUAGAGAACUUGAGCAGUGGUAAUGUGAUAGAGACUGCUAGAAAUAGGGAUGCUCUGUGAAAUACAGGGGAAUGUUUUAAGACUGAAAACGUUCAUAGAUACGAUUCUGAAUAAUGUGACUGCAGUAUUUUAAAGCAAACUUGGAGAACUUGACAACACUAGUCCGUGUGCUUCAAGGACAGCAGAGCCUGUACUAGAACAUAAAGCACUCAGAGGUCAAAGGAGAGCCAGACCUGUGACUAAAUAUUUUGAAAGCAGCAAGUAAAUUUUUAAAAGAAGAUUAUUUUUGUUAGAGAACCGUUAUGAGGCGCUAUAUAUAUAUAAAGCAUAUAUAUAUAUAACAUAUAUAUAAAACAUAUCAUACCAAUAUAGUUAUAUGCAAAUCCUUAGCAAAUAACUAAAGAUUGUUACAACCACUAAAAAGCACAGUGUUCAUGGAUUUUAAGGCAGGCAUGUGGAAAACUACUUCUGACAAAAGGCUAUUGAAGUCUAAAGCCGUUCUUAGUGAAUAUCAAGGAGUCACCUUAGAAGUAUUUACAAGUUACAUGCCUUCACUUUAGGGUGCCCCCAAAUGAGCCUCUCCUUGGAGAGACAGGAGGAUAAUUCAGAUGUCCUUCCACUCAGAAGAUAGGGGCCUAGACAAUAUGAUCAGACCUCAUAUUGUGUGUUGGAUCUACAUGCCUUUCUUUCUUUUAAUUAUUAUUGUUACUAUAGUUCUUUAUUAGUUUAGAUGUCAGGUAAAAAUUUCUGUGCUUGAUUUUUUCCCUUAGGAAUGCUUCUUCAUCUUAGCUCUUAUGUUCAUCUACACAGCCAACAAAUUUGUUGAGAAAAAAUGAUCAAUAUAGGUAAUUUUUAAAGGUGUGAGGGGAUCAAAAUGUCAACUGACAGUUUUGAGUCAGUAUAGAUUUGAGGGCUGACUAGUCACCUCACACUCUGGAAUAUCUUUUCACAAGCUCUUGAGUUUCUAAAUUGACACUGAUUGGAAGAAUCUGAUGAUUAUCUUGCUGUGAGAUCGAUACUGAAAUUCUCAGUGGCAUCAUUUGGUAAGUGUUGCACCCUGGAAUUUUUCUCCCAACAUUUUAUAAAAAUUUUCAAACAUAUAAAAAGGUUAAGAUUUUAUAAAGUAUUAAUCACCCACAUGGUAGUUAGCAUUAAUUAUGCUUGCAUGAUCACAUGUCCAUCCAUCAAUUCAUCAAAUUGCAGACAUCUUCACUACUAAUAACUUCAGUAUAUGUAUCGUUAACUAGAGCUCAGUAUAUGCUGACCACAUUUUAAAUGUAAAAUUAGCAUACAAUGAAAUGCAUAAAUCUUGAGUAUGCAUUACCUAGUUUUGGAAAAUGCAUACAGUACUACCAAAAUAUAAAAACAUUAUCAGAAAAUUCCCCUUUGGCCCUUUCUAGUCAAUCUUUGACCCCACUCCACUCUCCCAAAGGCAACCACUGUUCUUUUGUCUACCAGGAAUCCAAUUUCUCUGUUCUAGGUCUUUAUAUAAAUAGAGCCGCACAGCAUGAACUCUUUCUAGAAGCCUCUUCACUUAACAUGUUUUGGAAAUCUAUUCAUGUUGUUAGGUGUUUUAGUUCAUUCCUUUUUAUUGCUGAGUAGUAUUCCAUUGUAUGACUAUAUUGCAGUUUAUCCGUCUCCCUAUUUACGAAUAUCUGGGCUGUUUCCAGCAUUAGUAGUUAUAAAUAAAGCUGCUAUGAUUAUUCUUAAUGUAAGUCUUAUGUGAACAUAGGCUUUUAUUUCUCUUGGGUGAAUACCUAGGAUUAGAAUUUCUGUGUCAUAGGGUAGUUUUAAAAGAAACUGCUAUCCUUUUCCAAUGUGGUUAUACUGUGUCCUGGAUUUUCACUAUAUUUUGGAUGUGUAGAAAGGUGUAAACUAUUUUUAUGAUUCAUAUUUGAAAUUUUAGAAGUGGGUUUGUGAUAGAAAUGGCAUUGUUAACGGUUGGCAGUUGGUAUUCUUUGAGGAAAUACCUGUCUGCCCAAAACAGCUCCCCAAUGGGUUCCUAUGCCUGAAAUUUUAGGAUUAGUUUCACUUCUUGAAGGAUUAAAGCAUUUCUGAAGCAUGGUGAUAUAUUAGCUAGAAGAAACAGCACUGGUUUGUUUAUUUUACUAACUUUUGCCACCCGUUUUCAGUAGGUGAAAUAAGACCAAUUAAACAGAAAAGAUUAUUUCUGUUCAAUUGGGGUGGAAGGGGUAGUCAGAAAUGUGUACUACUCGUCUGUCAUGGGUACAGUAAUGUGAGAGAGCACUCUCUGGAUGGGAAGGCCCCCCAGUUGGUGGUCAAGAAACCCGAAGACGGGGUGGGAAGAAUUCUACCUCACGGUUGUAAUAAGGGAUAGCUCUGUCUUUGCAGGACAUCUUAGCCUUUACAAAUCACAUUUUCUGUGUUGUCUUUUUGUUUAGUACCGCCUAGCUGUAGUUAUUUCACACCUUAGUGACUUUCUUACUCACUGUUUUAUCCUUCCUGCCUGUUAUAUUACAUAUAGCGGUUACUUGUAUAAGCCUGUAAAAUUAUAAUCAUAUGUAUGUCUCUAAUGCUUGUGUUCAAAGAUAUUUAUGUAUGGUUCAUUCAAUCUUUCCUACUCCGUUUUUAAGGGCUGGGAUAUUUGGCCUCUACUGUAAAUCCCUAUAAUGUUCCACAUAUUGUAAAUGCAAUAAAGAUGUUAAAAACUAUUAGUAA